CAAAACCGCUGGGCAUCAGGUAAAAAAUUGCGAUUCUGUAAACAAAGCAGCAAGCUUUUUGAAGGUCAUCUUAUUUGUUGAUCAUGUUUUGUGUGAAAUUGUUCAUGGAUAAGCAUCAUUUACUUAUAAAAUAACGUUUUCAACAGUGUUCAUCACGAAUAAAAUAUGCGUCAUCUUCUAUUUUUGUUUACAUGUUGAUGUUUCUAGACCAACAAUUAAGAAGGCCUUAGUCCGAAAAGUAAACAAUGAGUAAAACGUAAUCUUAUUUUGCCAAACAAUAAAUCAAAUUUAUUUUUUGUGGUUACCAUAAUAUAUGCCUAUGCCGAGACCUCAGCUAACAAAAAAAAAAUAGAUGAAAUACCAUGGAAACGCUACCAGUUGAGAUAUUGGAAAAAAUAUUCAAACAUCUACGCUACAGUGACCUGAAGCAAGUGUCAUCUGUUUGUCAUUUGUGGUACGAUGUCUACCAACGGUCGUCAUUCAUGUCCAAGAUGGUGGUACAUUUCAAAAAAGAACUUACACUGGACACGAUCGACCUUUUUCUCCGCAGUGAGUGUCUGUACCAGAACAUAUGUUUCACUUCGAUUCCAUUCUACGACGUUGCCAAGUCAAAGAGAAGCAUCUGUCGGAAGGACGUGAUCUACGAAGAUAGUCGCUUUGUAGAAAAAAUACGUCAAUUUCUGCUUAAAUUUGCUGACUCCGUGCAGAUGCUGUCAUUCUGUAAAUGUCACCUUGAAAGAGGUAGACUGAUCGAAUUUCUGGAAUUAAUUCCAGAACUCAAAGGACUGGAAUUUGAAGAAUGUAUAUUUGCCGGUGAUGAUGCGUGCGUGGCAUUUCCGUUGUCCAAAAUGAAGAAAUUCAAUUUCAAGUAUCCGGAAGAUGAGAUUCAACGAUUCGAGUCUGGACAUGUCUACAGUUCUCUGGCUAAAGUUCAAUGCAGCUUGGUCAAACUUAAGGUUCAGUUGUUCGUGAAUGAAAUGUUCGGUGAUCCGGAUAGUGACUUAUGGGAGCAGGUCAAGGCUGUUACCCGACUGGUGAAGUUGCACAAGAAAACUAUGAAGUCUUUCAAGGUAGACAGCUUCAAUGAUCCUGCUCUGAAAAAGCUUGUUUUUGACGACGAGGAACUUCAACUGGAGAAGGUCGUGUUUGGCGAACUAAAGCUAAGGAAAGACGACCAAGUAUUCUUUAAUUUUCUAGAGAAGCAAAAGAAAAUCAAGAAAAUGGAAAUAUCAAUUGAAUCCAGUAUAGACGCCAAUAAUGAUCAGUAUCUGCAAACCAUCUGUGAUCGGUUACAGAAGUUGGAACAAUUCUACUACGACAUGUCCCGAAAUUCAGACAGUGGACUGGAGAAUCUACAAAAACUAAAAAAAUUGAAAAAUUUAGUGCUGACGAAAAAUAGGAAUACCGUAGGACUGACAGAGCACUGUUUCGAUCACAUUUAUAUGCCCAAUCUGAAAUCUUUAGGCAUAUAUUACAAAGAACUGCAGUUUCCAGCAGUGCAACAAAUACCGGUUAGUUUUCCUAAUCUUAAGGCUCUCAAUCUAAGCGAAUGUGGAAAAGGCGUAACCGAUGAAACGGUUCAACUCAUCUUCCGCUCGCUACCGGAGCUCGAAAGCCUUGAUCUCAGCAAAUGUAAGCAAGUUACCGAACAGGCUUUCCUAGGCUGUACCAAAAUAGGUAACUUGAGGAAAUUGAAAGACCUAGUGUUGGAAAAAUGUGAUGGCGUAACGGAUUUGUCAUUGGCUGCAUUCGACAAUCCGGCGUUAAAGAGUAUCAGUGUUGCCAUGUGCACAAGAAUAACGAACGUAGGUUGGGAGGCAUUGUGCCGUCAAUGUCCGAACAUCACAUGGCUGAACGCUUCGCAUUGCAGGAACUUCGAUGACCAAUCAGCGUUGAUCGUUGCAACCAUGCUUGGCGAAUUGGAAGUUUUGAACUUGUUCAAAAACUGUUCGGUAACAAACGAAGCGGUUUACAGUUUGGUAGAGAACUGCCGAUAUUUGGAGGAUCUUUGUUUUACCAAAUGUAGAGGAGUUAAAAUGAAAAAGCCCGAGUAUUUUGAUGACAAGAUGAAUCGAGUCAACAAAGAUUGUCUAGUGAAUAAAAAGAAAAUUUAACUUUGCUACUGUGAAUACAAA